AUGGAUACGCAUUUCUUUUUGCCAACCUAUGAUCUUCCAUCUUCAUUUCCUUUCCUGCCGGUUUGCCUACAGUGGACAAGGGAUUGGUGGGAGGUUAAUACAGGUGGCUCCCAUCUUUGUCUUUACUUUGAUGGCUCGUGCCUCAAAACUGCCGGGGGACCUCAAGUUGGCGCGGCAGUGGCUGCGUUUAUUUGGGUGCAGAAUUGUUGGCAAUUUGCGGGUGCUCUCUCUACCAAACUUGAAAAAGCGAAGACCGCCUAUCAAGCAGAAAUUGCUGCAAGCAUCCUUGCGACAAAAUUUGCUUUUGACCUUUUGAAACUGAUUGGAACUAACCAUGACACUGCACUGACUGAGGUCCAAUUCUGCUAUGACUCCCUCACAGCAGGGAAACAAACGGAGGGAGCCUGGCAAGCAGUUUCCUCUCCGGAAGCAGGUCAUCUUCUUCGUAGUUUGCACAAGUGCAUUCAACAGAGAUUUGGUAGUCAGGUCCAUUACAAACAUGUGAAAGCCCAUAGUGGGGAACCAGGUAAUGAGCUUGUCGAUACGUUGGCGCAUCAAGCUGCAUUAGGUUCACCACUGCAUGAUUUGGAGGACUGGCUGCAACAGAUGACGGCAAAGACCUUUGUCUCAUAUGCGGAAUGGUUUUGGUUUUUCUUUCGAAGCGAUGUGAGAUGGGACCAAACUGAUCUCCUUCUGCCUGCAGCGCCAGCCCCGUUUCCAGAAAGUGUGAUGCAACAGUUUGAGGAUGCUCAACUCCACAUUUUCGCUUUGCAAGAAACUCGAUUGAAGCGGCAAUAUGGUAUCUUGAUUGGAUUGGCUCGACACCGGCCGAUUGGUCACCUUUACAAGAAUGGGGUUGUGCAGAAAGUCUUCUUUGCACAAGACGAUGUGGCAGUUGUAGUGGCUGACCCCCGUUUUCUCAUUUUAAGGAACGACUUUGUGGGGCUGCCCGCUGAAUGGGUUUAUGACACGUGGAAAUCAUGGGUCAGCACCAGCAUUGAUGUUGGCCCCACAAAGGAAGAUCACCGAGAUGAUUUGACGUCGCUGUUUGAUGCCUGGCAGACCGAACGAUCUCCUUGGAAAUCGCAAGUUAGGGCUGUGGCUAAGAAGCAUCAGAUGCAGGAAGAACUAGAGAACUGUCGUGCGCAGCUGGUGAUCUCUGACCAACCGGAGUUUGCAAUGGACAAAGGGGCGCUGCUUGGGGAUGCACUAUCAGAUGCUACUCAGCAAUGGUUUUGUCGCUAUUUCCCUAGUGGCCCAUCUGAGGCGGCCAAGCAGGAGCUGAUUGACACUUGGAUCCAGAUCCUUUGUAUUGACUUUGGAGAAAAUAAUCCCUUGUGGGAUAAUUGGCUGGCCUUUGUCUUUCUUGCUUGGGGCGAUCACUGGCUUCCAGACAUUAUAGCUGGAUUUGUAGACGGAGAGGCUGAGCAGAUUGUUGACGAACUGUAUGCAGAUUUUGCUACUGAGUUACCGAGGUAUCAAGUGCUUAGCCGAGUGGCCUUUCUGGAAUCCAGCUUGAGACAUUGUGUUGAAACCCCACCUGCCCCGCAUCGACCUGUCCAGAUUGAGCGUCCUGGCCUGAAGCACCCAAAGACUAAUUCUCGGGUGCGGCAGCCGAUUGAAAGGGAGCCUGAGGAACUGGAUGCAUGGAUUGAUUGUGCUGCAAAGGCCAGUGCUGCAAUCCGAGCCAACGCACAGCGGCUCCCUGACUUCCAGAACCUUUAA